AACUGGACAGGGAGAUGAGGCAGGUCGGUGCCGCACCUGUUCUGUAGUGCUCAUAUCCCACGCUAAUUCCUGGUACAGCUUGAAGCUGCGACCGCAAAAGUACGCAUGACGGUGAAGCAGCUUGCUACCAAGGGAGAUGUGAAGUCUGCGCGAAUCCUCGCCAAGGAGGUUGUACGUAGUAAUAAACAGAAAGACAGAUUGUCUGUUAGCAAGGCGCGCUUGGGAUCGAUCGGUACCCAGCUACAGCAGCAGCUGGCCAUGGCCAAAGUUACAGGGUCGUUGCAGAAGUCUACGGAAAUCAUGAAACUAUCCAACUCGCUUGUCAAAUUGCCCCAAAUAAGUCAAGCAAUGCGGGAAAUGAGCAUGGAGAUGACAAAGGCUGGGAUCAUGGAGGAAAUGCUUGAAGACACGUUACAAAUGGACGAAGACGAGGAGAUAGAAGAAGAGGCAGACGCUGAAGUUGACAAAGUUCUUUUCGACCUUACGAACGGGAAACUCGGGUUAGCUGGCUCAGCCGGAACGGAACUACCAACACCACAAGAUCAACUGGAGGACGACGAGGCGGAGCGGGUAAUGGAGGAAGCCCGAAAACAGCUGAACGGUCUAUUGAGCGGCUGAUCUCAAUAAAUACUGAUACCUCCGGGCAACUUGCGGACAAUCCCUUGGCUAUAGUCUGUAUUUUAGAAACUAAGUUACGGUACUGUAUUUCUGAACAAUUCGGACGUGCUGGCCACAAUUCAUGUAUCACGGUUAACAAUAAAUUGCAGUGAGAUAUAGUAAUGUUAGAAUGGCGCGAAGCACAGGCUUGCAAAAGUGGAUAUAAACCCAGCAACAAGUCAUGCAUUAUAACCCUCGUGAAGAAUGGUCUCGGUCCUCGCCAUUUAGUGGAUCAACAUCGAGCGAUUUGGCUGACCACCUGGGUUUAAGAUAGACCUGAGAUGUAAGAUGAAGAAGACGAACAAAUUGUAGGAUGAGAAAACUGAUCAGGUUGAAAGCGAAUUAAACUGUUACGUA